GUAUUUAUUUAGAUUAUAUAUAAUUAAAGACUUUAUAUUCAAAUUCACGUUUAACUAUAUAUUGUAAUCCACAUCAAGCCAGGGAGUACUAUAAAUGAAAGAAAUUGUGGAAAAUCUUAAUACAAGAUAUAGAAGACAUUUCAAGUGACUUUUCCAAAAAAUACAUGAUGCUUUUUCCACUUUUUGUAGCCCUUCUUAUUAUCAUUAUUCUCAGUUUCCUGCUUCCUAAAGCCAAAAGGAAUGGAAAAAACAUUCUACCACCAGGUCCUUUAGGGUUGCCAUUCAUUGGAAAUUUGCAUCAAUUUGAUAGUUUAACCCCUCAUAUCUAUCUUUGGAAACUUUCCAAGAAAUAUGGAAAAAUCUUCUCAUUGAAACAUGGUUUUACUACUAUGAUUGUAUUUUCUUCAGCAAAUCUAGCAAAAGAGAAUAUGCUAGUUGGUGGAGUGAACACUAGCGCAGCUACAAUAAUUUGGGCAAUGACAGCCUUGAUAGCCAAACCGAAUGCAAUGAAGAAAGUUCAAGCUGAAAUUCGAGAAUUCGUUGGGAAAAAGUCCAUAGUGAAUGAGGAAGAUAUCCAAAAUCUUCCAUAUUUUAAAUUAGUGAUAAAAGAGACAUUUAGAUUGUAUCCCACAACUACAUUGUUACUACCAAGAGAGACUAUGCAAAAUUCCAUACUAGAAGGAUAUGAAAUUAAACCAAAAACUAUAAUUUAUGUUAAUGUUUGGGCUAUUGCAAGAGAUCCCGAAAUAUGGGAAAAUCCAGAAGAAUUUAUACCUGAAAGGUUUUUGAAUAGUGAUAUUGAUUUUAAGGGCCAAAAUUUUGAAUUGCUUCCAUUUGGAGCAGGCAGAAGAGGGUGUCCGGCUAUCGCACUCGGUGUGGCUACUGUGGAACUUGUACUUUCCAAUCUUCUUUACGCUUUUGAUUGGGAGUUGCCUCGUGGAAUGAACAAAGAAGACAUCGACACUGAUGUUUUGCCUGGACUUACUAUGCAUAAGAAAAAACCUUUGUGUCUUGUUUCUAGAAAUUAUCACUAGAAAUUAAACAAGACCAAACUUCAAUGUUUAAAUUAAUUAAAUAUGUAUAUUUUCGUUUGUUAUAUGUUAUGAAUCAAGUUCAGUCCAAUGUAAAUACUAAUGUCACACAACGUGUUAUUGGACUGAUAAGCUAUAGGACUGUGAAUAAGCAACAGAGUCGGGUUAAUUUGGGAUCUGUGUUGAAUAGUGGGUGUGAGAACGAUUCUAUCAAAAGGGACAGUGGUAUGUGAUUCAAGAAUUAUGCAUGUUGUGAAGAAACGGUAUGUUUCUCUCAUCUUCUUUAUCGAGUCUAAAGGUAAUUCCCAUCUUCAUUCUUAUCUCUAUCUUCUAGUUACUUGUAAUUUUCAGUAUUUUCAUUGUUAUUCAAUAGCUUGAGUAUUACAAUUGCAAAUGUAAUCAUGUUCUUGUUCUUAAUAAUAUAGUGAGGA